CAGGGUGAGACGAGUGAAAACUGGACCCCAGCUCCCUGCCUGGGGCGGCUCUGAGCCUAGAUGAGGGGAGUCUCGGGGCUGGAUUGGGUGCAGCCGCCAGAGUGGCGGGUGGUCCGCGUCCUCCAGGAAGGGUUGUCACACUCUGCUCCUUAGGCUGGUCCUCACUCCUCCCCACCGCGCCGCAAGGUUCGCGGCUCCUUUAAGAGGCCCGGCCCUCCCCAGGCGUGGCUCGGGCCUGCCCUCCGGCCCGCCGGCUGCCGUCGCCAUGGCCAAGGAGCUGCUGGAGGAUAAGCUGACCUGCGCCAUCUGCCUGGAGCUCUACGAGGACCCGGUGACGCUGCCCUGCGGCCACAACUUCUGCGGGGCCUGCAUCCGGGACGGGUGGAGCCGCCGCGAGAAGGCGUGCCCCGAGUGCCGGGCGCCCUUCCCGGACAGCGCCGAGCUGUGCCGCAACGUGGCGCUCACGGACGUGCUCCAAGUGGUGCGCGCCGAGCCCGGCCAGGCCCCCGGCCCCGCCGCGGCCCCACGCGCGGACUCCCGCGCCGACGGCGGCGCGCGCUGCCCCCAGCACGGGCGGCCGCUGGAGCUCUUCUGCCGCACCGAGGGCCGCUGCGUGUGCAGCGCGUGCACCGUGAGCGGGUGUCGCCUCCACGAGAGGGCGCUGCUGGAAGUUGAGCGCCAGGAGCGCGAGGCCCAGCUGAGAGCCAUGCGGGAGGUCACCCGGCAGCAGGCCACCCAGGCUGAGAGCCAGCUACAGGAGCUGCAGCAGCAGCGCAGCUACAUCCAGAGCUCGGCCUGCAGCCUGGCUUCCAGGGUCUCUAGCAAGUUCAGCUGCCUGAUUCAGGCCCUGGAGAUGCGUCGGGACUUGGUACUGAGGGACAUCAAGGUGGCGGAGACACAGGCGCUGACACAGGCCCAGGAGGAGGAACAGCGACUGCAGGGCCACCUGGAGGCCACGACUCGCUUUGACCGCAGGAUCCAGGGCCUCCUGGAGCAGCUGGAUGACCCGACCUUCCUCCAGGAAUCACAGCUCCUGCAGCCACCGGGGCCUCUGGGGCCACCGACUCCUGCCCGGUGGGACGCAGAUGAGCAGCUAGGGGGCCUGAAGGGGUGCCUGAGCCAGCUCUGCAGCCUCCUCUUGGACGAGGGCGGCCCCCGCGGGGCACCAGCUGAGGCUGCUGACCUGGUCCCCCUAGAGGCCCCGGGUGCCCUGGCAUCAGCCCCAAGCCCAGUGUGUCCGCUGAGGAGGAAACUCUGGCAGAAUUAUCGCAAUCUGACCUUCGACCCCGAGAGCGCCAACCGCCACCUGCACCUGUCCCGGCAGGCCCAGCAGGUAAAGCACUGCCGGACGCCCCGGGGCCCGGCCGAGCAGGGCAGCUUCGAGCUCUGGCAGGUCCAGUGCGCCCAGAGCUUCCGGUCGGGGCGGCACUACUGGGAGGUGCACACAUCUCAGCACUCGGUGACGGUGGGCGUCGCCUACCCGGAGCUGGCGCGGCACAAGCUGGGGCCCCACACGGACAACAUCGGCCGCGGGCCCAGCUCCUGGGGGCUCUGCGUCCAGGAGGACAGCGCCCAGGCCUGGCACGACGGGAAGGCCCGGCGCCUCCCGAGGGUGUCGGGGAAGCUGCUGGGCGUGGACUUGGACCUGGCCUCUGGCUGCCUCACCUUCUACAGCCUGGAGCCCAAGGUCCGGCGCCUGCACACCUUCCACGCCAUCUUCACCCGGCCCCUCUGCCCCAUCUUCUGGCUCCUGGAGGGUAGGACCCUGACCUUGUGCCAUAGGCCCGGGGCCAGGCCCCCUCCAGGGCUCCAGGAAGAGGCCUCUGGGCUUAGCUGAGGAAGGCACCGGAUGGAAAUCUUCGCUGCGAACAGGUGCCACUGCGCCCGUGUGCCCAAGAGCUGCCCAGCCCCUGCCCUGAGGACCCGAGACCACCGCUAUAAUGGGACCAGCUGCUGGCCAGCUGACCAACUCGGGACCAGGCUGGGGGCCACUUGUGGGUGUGGGGAGGACCCCCC